UCAGAAAUUUGACCAAUUUUUUUAGGAGCCAAAAUCUAUGAACAACUCAGUACCAUUCUUUAAUUACCACUUUCCUACAAAACAAACUCACAAACAUCUCUUCUAUUCUCUUCCUCCAUCAAUGGCGUCCUCACUUUUACUAUCACUCCCCUUUCUCUCUCCUCAUCCUCGAAACCCUAAACCCCCAAUUUCCAUUUCGAAACCCUUAAUUUCUCUUUCCUCUCCCUCAAUUCCCCACAAAUUCAGUAUCCCAAUCCACGUCACCCCAAAACCUCUGCAAUUCCGACAUCGGAGUCGGAGGUUACUUGUCGGGAAUUCCAUCGGAGGAUCCGAUGAAGAUUCCGAUGAUGUUCUUGUCGGAGAAGAUGCCGCAGUUUUCGAGCUGAGCAACCAGAAGCUUACUUCUUGGGUUUACUUCACUGUAAUUUUGGGUGUUGUGUUGUUCGCCCUUAAUUAUCUUUGGAUUGAUAAUUCUACUGGGUUUGGCAAGUAUUUCAUUGAUGCUCUUGAGAGUGUCUUCCAAAGCCCUGAGGUCGUGCUGCUGAGCCUCAUAGUCAUUUUUGCUUCUGUUCAUAGUGGAUUGGCUAGUUUUAGGAAUGUGGGUGAGAAAAUUAUAGGGGAACGUGCCUUCCGUAUCCUAUUUGCAGGAGUAUCACUUCCAUUAGCUGUUAGCACUGUGGUUUAUUUCAUAAACCACAGAUAUGACGGGAUACAAUUAUGGCAGCUCCAAAGUGUUCCUGGAGUACAUCAGCUUGUGUGGUUAUCUUCUUUCAUCUCCUUCCUUUUCCUCUAUCCUUCAACUUUUAAUUUGCUGGAAGUAGCAGCAGUUGACAAGCCCAAAUUGCACCUUUGGGAAACAGGAAUCAUGAGAAUUACUCGCCAUCCACAGAUGGUUGGACAGGCAAUCUGGUGUCUGGCUCACACUGUUUGGAUUGGGAACUCUGUGGCAGUUGCUGCCUCCAUUGGCUUGAUUGGACAUCAUUUAUUUGGCGUUUGGAAUGGGGAUAGAAGGUUAUCUUUACGUUAUGGGGAUGCUUUUGAGAUUGUGAAGAAACGAACAAGUGUAGUUCCAUUUGCUGCUAUAAUUGAUGGACGUCAAAGGUUGCCAAAAGAUUACUACAAAGAAUUUAUUCGGGUGCCAUAUAUAGCAGUGACUGUAGUCACCCUGGGUGCUUAUUUUGCUCACCCACUUAUGCAGUCAGCCAGUUUUCGACUUCACUGGUAGGAAUUACUGGGAAAUUUUCAAUGAACAGGUGAGUAGGUGGCAAUACUUGGUGUGACCACAGGUUCUUGACCAGACAAGGCAUUUAAAGAGAGAGAUUUGCUGUUUAUAUCUGCAUACACCACCUUUCUUGGGCUCAAACAGAGUAUUGCAGCAAGUUUCUUUGGGUGAAUUGCUAGCUUGCACUAAAGAGAAAUGUUGAAGACUUGACUUGCAUCUGAGGAGAACUGGGUAUGAUAAUUCACAAAUUUUUAAAGGAUGAUGCAGCAACUGUUUGCCUUCCAUUGCAGCUUAAGGUGGUGCGUCCCUGAUUCCCUUUAAUUUUCAGUUGUCACAGAGAAAAAUUGUGUAGCCUUAACAUUGUAUUUAAUUGUAUUUUGUAAUUUCUAGGUAAAAUAGUCGCAAUUUUCACCAAAAAAGAAAGUCAUGAUUUUAGUAUAUGAUCCUAGUUUGUGUAAUUAAUAGCCGAGGAAAGAAAUAAAAAAUCAUUAAUUUUGGUGUUGAA